CGAAACUAUGGCUGGAAGCUAAAGCCGCCGGUUACAGCAGGCGACAAAAAUGGCGCUGUUGAAGGCGAAGAAGGUGAUCAAGGUUUGACCUGAAAAAAUGAAAAAUGGGAGCAAAUGGUUCAUUGUUGGAGAAGGAGAUAGGUCACGAUCAGUUUCCGUCAAAUGAGCACUACUUCGGGCUCGUAAAUUUUGGCAACACGUGCUACUGCAACUCGGUGCUGCAAGCCCUGUACUUCUGCAAGCCGUUCCGGGAGAAAGUGCUCGAGUACAAGGCUAAGAACAAGAGAACCAAGGAGACGCUGCUCACCUGCUUGGCUGACCUCUUCCACAGCAUAGCCAAUCAGAAGAAGAAAACAGGCACCAUUGCCCCCAAAAAGUUCAUUGCCAGGUUGCGUAAGGAGAACGAACUUUUUGAUAACUACAUGCAACAGGAUGCUCAUGAGUUUCUCAACUACCUCUUGAAUACCAUUGCUGACAUUUUACAAGAGGCAGAUCAAGACAUCCUCACUGAGAAACAGCAGCAGGCUCAGAGCAACUCUAAAGGAAGCAGAUGUUCGUCAGCUGGGGAGCAGAACCCCUCCCAGAACUGCACGCAGGCGGCAGCUGGUGUAGGGCAGCAAAUGUCUGGAGGAGGUCAAGGCACUCAGCAGUCCAAGCCCGAGCCUACAUGGGUGCACGACAUCUUUCAGGGCACACUCACCAACGAGACGAGAUGCCUCAACUGCGAAACGGUGAGCAGCAAAGAUGAGGACUUCUUAGACCUUUCUGUGGACGUGAGCCAGAAUACGUCCAUCACUCACUGCCUACGGGGGUUCAGCAACACGGAGACCCUCUGUAGUGAACAUAAAUACUACUGUGAGAACUGCUGCAGCAAGCAGGAAGCACAGAAGAGAAUGCGUGUGAAGAAAUUACCCAUGAUUCUAGCGCUGCACCUUAAACGAUUCAAGUACACAGAACAGCAGAACCGGCAUACAAAGCUCUCGUACAGGGUGGUCUUUCCUCUAGAACUUAGGCUAUUCAACACAUCAGAUGAUGCCUACAACCCUGACCGAAUGUAUGACCUCGUGGCAGUAGUCAUCCACUGUGGGAGCGGUCCGAACAGAGGUCAUUACAUCUCCAUAGUGAAAAGUCAUGGUCUCUGGCUCCUUUUUGAUGACGACAUUGUUGAUAAAAUAGACGCAUCAGCCAUAGAGGACUUCUACGGACUCACGUCAGACACGCCAAAGACGUCGGAGUCUGGUUACAUUCUCUUCUACCAGUCGAGAGAGUGACUCAGUGAUUUUGAUAACUUUGAAGCAACCAGGUGCAAUAGAGCGAUGAAAACUAGGGAAGCAGAGCAUGGCAAAAGAUUCUCACUAGUGCUUCAAAUCUCAACCCCCAACCAACGGAGAUGGCACGAAGCAUUUGGUGAUCAAACCUGUACAUAUGCAGAUUUUAUAUAGACAGAAAAAGACGCUAUAUAUUAUACGAUGGAUGCUUUUGCGUUUCCCUGUCUACAUCGACCCCCGUGUGUUGCCCCUUUUUUUUUCUCUCUUUUAGUUGACGAAGAACAGCAUUUAGUUUUUUUUUUAUUGAGUGUACAAAAAUAGUGAGAGAGUUUCUUUUCGAAAGCCGUCAAUGUAUAGCGUGGAUUAGUGACAUAGGUCUAGUGUUCUCUUUUAUGAGCAAAGAGCGACGGUGUACAGAUUAAUUUAUAGCAUUUCAUUAUUUUACAUUAUGAUCCAGGCCUGAAGGAAGUGAAGGGAGAGGCUUUCUGAAUCCAAAUACUAGUUGUUCUGCACAACGGAAACAGGAUGGAAGGGCGUGUGUGGUAAAGCAGGACAGCUACAUGCAUAUAUCACCUUCUUUGAACAGUGCGCUGAGUGCUCCAUUUUGAGUAAGCAACUAAGGUGACUGCACAUUUAGGGAUUGCAUAUGGUUACAUAAAGAUUGGAACUAUGGUGAAAAAAGUGUGCUUGCAAGAACAGGGAUCUUCAAGGUAAGAGGGAAAUGAGAGCAAUAUGCAAGUGAGUAUGCAGCUCAACAUUUGUGCCCCGAUACUUUAGUAUGGAGAUGUCCAAUCUCUGGGGGUUGCAUGAUCGAAAACUUGCUUCUGGUUUUUGAUGCCACCAUUGUGUCAUGAUGACUGCUGCCGUGAGCUAUUAUGGUCUGGACCCUGAACAAGGAUACUUGAAAGCGCUUGAGCUCUUGUUAUGUAAUGAUAUUUCUCGACUGCGUCAUUGUGUUACAGACAAGGAGGCGAGUGAAUAUAUAACUCUACUGUCUUCCUGAGAUCAUGAGAAAGUGUGAUGCAGUGUUCUCUUUUUUUUCUUUGAGAGAGGAACAUGUAUUGACUAAAAAAUAAAAUUGCGGGCAGUCACUUCCUUCUCGCUACAGGGUCUGUUCAGAGUCGAGCCUUCCCUAUCGUGUAAAAUAUUGUACAGUUACAUCGCUUUUGAAUUAAAUGCCACUGAAAGUA